ACAACUCGCGAAAAUCUGUUUGACAUCGCUGGAGCUUUUGUCGCUCUCUGGUCUCAACAUCCAAUGAACUGGCAUCUCGUCCCGCAGAACAGUGCCAUUGUCCCUGCGAGAAAGUGACCCAGUGCAAGUGAUUUUCCAUGCCAAUCCUUUAGUGCUAUAUUUGUGAAUUUUCCCUGCCCUUCGUGGCCCAGAAUAUGGAGCUAAAUUUAGCACGAAUCCACCUUGUUUCUGCACUCGAAAGACGAGCAUAGAGUGAACUAGAGGGGAUUUCUGCAAUAAGAGUAUGAAGACAGCCAAAGAUGGUUCAGCAGAUGACUAUAUCUCUCAAUUCGCCGCUGAUCCACUGGAACUCUGAAUUGUCGAUCCGUCGUGAGCUGCGCAGUCUUCAGUCUGAGAAAUGCGGGCGUUUCCGUCUCUGCACUGCCGUGGUGAUUUUCUUUGUGCUCAUCUAUUCCUCUUACCAUCUGGGAUCAUCGCCAGAUCCGCAGAUGAUCGUCCACAUUCCACCAGAUGAGAACAUCUCCGGCUACCAAGUGAGUGGUGAUGAUUCUAAGCCUAAUUCUGCAACGUCUCCUUUACCAUCAGUUCCUUCGGGGUAUUUGGUAUACAGUUCAGGAUGCAGAAUGCCCGAUUUGGAUCCUCUGGCGUCGGAUGUCAUGAAGCUAUUCCAUCGCGAAAAGGAGCAAGAGUGCUCAACCAAAUCACCCCUCACGCGAAUUGAGUACACAGAUGAGGGCAAUGCCAGUAUUGUCGUUGACAAGAGUCUCCUGCGGAAGUUCGACAUCUACGACACUCCACAUUGCUGCUAUCGCGAGAUUCUGCGCUCUCCCAAGGAAGAUCAUGCGGAUCUGAGCAUAGUUCUGUCCAACUGCACGCAUUUCAAGCACUCUCUGCACCUGCCGGACACUGCCGAAUUCAUCUACGUGAAUUGUAGCUCGAAGGGCGGAAAGGAAAAGUAUCGAAAUGUGCACUACGUGAUGCGCGAGAAGCGAGAUGUUCUGGAGCGUUUUCAGCGAUUCAAAGUCAAGUUCACCAAGAAACGCCCUCUAAGUGUCCUUAUGAUGGGAAUAGAUAGCAUUUCGAGACUUAAUCUCAUACGAGCGAUGCCAAAUACAGCCCAACAUCUCUACAAUUCCGGAUGGUUUGAGCUGAAGGGAUACAACAAGAUUGAUGACAAUACAUAUCCCAACCUCAUGGCCAUUCUGACGGGCUUCAACUCAUCUCUGUCGUACAGCGUGUGCGAUCCUGUGCACGUGGCGAAAUUGGAUUCUUGUCCAAUGGUGUGGUAUUCCUUUCGCGCCUCAGGCUAUGUCACAGCCUAUGCAGAGGACGAGGCGGAAAUUAGCACUUUCAACUUCAACAAGAAGGGCUUUCUUCGUCCACCGACAGAUUACUACUUGAGACCAAUGAUGCUGGCAGCGGAGAAGCAUCUGCCGGUGAAGUACAAGAGUUCACUCAAGUUUUGUGUCGGUUUUCAGCAUUCCGCAGACUAUAUUUACAACUACGCUCUGGAUUUUGCCCAAUUGUACAAAGAUCAGCCGUUCUUUGGCCUUUUCUGGGCCAACACGUUCAGUCACAAUGACAUCAGUGAUCCGUCCAGCAUGGACCACAAGAUAAAGUAUUACCUGAAUCAGUUGGAGAGUCGAGGAAUACUCAAUACGAGUGCCGUGGUGCUCUUUUCGGACCACGGCCUGAGGUUCGGACCGGUGAGGAAGCUCAUGACGGGAUGGCUGGAGGAGAGAUUACCCUUCAUUUUUAUCUGGCUGCCAAGGUGGUUUCAGGAGGAGAAUCCUGAGAUUGUUCAAACAUUGAAAAUCAACAGAAAUCGCCUCACAAAUCCCUAUGAUCUCCACGUGACACUUCAUCAUGUGCUGGCGCUCACGGCUCUGCCCGAGGAGGAACACAUUACGUCAGCUAUCCUGCCACAAGCCACAAGCUGUCCAUCUUGCCAGAGUGUGUUCGACGAGAUGCCAUGGAAUCGAUCCUGUGCGGAUUCUGCCAUCGAGGCGCACUGGUGCACCUGCACGCCCUACAAGACCACGAGCCGGAGCUCACCAAUCGUGAAGGCGGCUGUGAAAUUCAUCAUCAACUUCAUCAAAGGUGAGAUUGACUCGUACAUGAACAGCACCGCGACUGCCCACAAGAUGUGCGCCGAUCUGCACCUCAAGCGCAUUGCCAUUGCCCGAAGGGCGGAGUAUGCGGACGCAUCGCCGCCUCACGAUGACUACUUGCUGGUCUUCGAGACGAACCCGGGUGGCGGUGAGUUCGAGUCCACCGUGACGUACUCGCUGGUCGACAAGACAUUCCAGAUGACGGGCUCCGUGAGUCGCCUCAACAGCUACGCCAGCCAGAGUGGGUGCAUGCCAAAGAGUUACCUGAAGAAAUUCUGCUUCUGCCUCAAGACACCCACUUAGAAUAGCGUCACGCGGAGUUUUCACUGACAA